GACAUUGGAAGGAAAGUGCAACCAGGCCCCUAAGGCCCUCUGCUAUCAUGGCCUUGAGACCCGAGGACCCCUCUGGUGGGUUCCAGCAUGGCAAUGUGGUGGCUUUCAUCAACGAGAAAAUGGCCAGACACAUAAAAGGCCCUGAGUUCUACCUGGAGAAUAUAUCCCUGUCCUGGGCGGAGGUGGAAGACAAGCUCAGGGCUAUCCUGGAGAACAGCGCAGUGACCAGCGAGGCCAAAGAGGCCUGUGCCUGGAGUAGCCUGGCCCUGGGCGUGCGCUGUGCCCGCAGGCAGGGCCAGUUACACACUUGCAGGGUGCAGUGGCUACAAGACUUCACCAACCUGCACAAAUCGGCCUUACAAGCCUUGGCCUCCAACAUGAACGAGCUUACCGCGAAGCACGAAAUGGAGCGCAGAGAGGCAGCCUAUCAGCUGCAGCUGACGCUGGCCAAACUGGCUGAGGUUCAGAAAGAGAAGGAACUGCUGAGGUGGAAGCUUCUCCAGGCUGAGAUGGCGUCUUCCUGGGAAUGGCAGCAGGUUUCAGAGGGGCCAGGCCUGACUACUACCAGUGUGUUUGGGGCAAACGGAGCAGAAGCACCCACACCAUCCCCACCAUGGGCAGCCUUCACAGCAGGAGCUCCAUUUCAGGCUGUCUACUGGGGCCCCUCUAUGAUGGGGGCCCAGGGAACAGAUCCUCAAGAACCCCAAAGAGACCAGAGAGCCUUUGAGCCCCAACAGCUGAGAAGACUUCCAGCAUCUCACAGGCCCGGGGAUUGGAACUGCCUUUGGUCCCACAGGUGGAAGGAUGGUGAGGAGUCACACCAGACUGAGACAACUGGAGAAGCCCAGGACAUCACCUGGCCACUGUGGACCUAGAGACUGAAGUUGUCAUGGCCCUGCGACAUCUCUGCAGCAGCUACAUGUGACUGGGCUAUUUCCUUUUGGGGCAAAUGUGGAUAACCAUCAGAAUUGGGGACAAUACCUAGCUUGUACUUAUCAGAAAUAACCUUGGGCUUGUUUAUAUCCUUCUAGGGCAGGGCUUCCCAAACUCAGCACUCUUGACAUUUGGAGUUGGAUAAUUCUAUGUUGCAAAUGGCUGGUACACUGUAGGAUGUUUGGCAGAAUCCCUGGUUUCUACCCUGAUGCCAGUAGCACAUCCCCCAAAUUAUGACAGCCAGAAAUGUUUCAAGAUAAUUACCACAUGUCCACUGGGGGGUAAAAU